CCCUUCCUUCCUUCUUCCUCUCUUAGACCAGCUUCUCUUCCCUCUGGGGCUGCCGCAGCACCCGGUGAGCAGAAUCCUCGCCUAAUUCCUCUUCCUCCUCCAAACCACAGGGUCCCCCUCGUCAGAAAGAAGUCCUUGAGGCGCAACCUGUCCGAGCAUGGCCUGCUGAAGGACUUCCUGAAGAAGCACAACUUCAACCCAGCCAGGAAGUACUUCCCCCAGCGGGAGACGCCCACCCUGCUACACGAACAGCCCCUGGAGAACUACCUGGAUACGGAGUACUUCGGCACUAUCGGCAUCGGAACCCCUGCCCAGGAUUUCACCGUGAUCUUUGACACCGGAUCCUCCAACCUGUGGGUGCCGUCAGUCUACUGCUCCAGUCUCGCCUGCACCAACCACAAGCGCUUCAACCCUGAGGACUCCUCCACAUACGAGUCCACCAGCGGGACCCUCUCCAUCACCUACGGCACCGGCAGCAUGACAGGCAUCCUCGGAUACGACACUGUCAAGGUUGGAGGCAUCUCGGACACCAAUCAGAUCUUCGGCUUGAGCGAGACCGAACCCGGCUCCUUCCUGUAUUAUGCUCCCUUCGACGGCAUCCUGGGGCUGGCCUACCCCAGCAUUUCCUCGUCCGGGGCCACACCCGUCUUUGACAACAUCUGGAACCAGGGCCUGGUUUCUGAGGACCUCUUCUCUGUCUACCUGAGCGCGUAAGUUGGGUAGAGAG